AUGGCUGGAAACAUUGAAAGAAUCAUAGUUGUAGGCUCACAAGCACUUAGCGAGAUGAUGGGCCCCAAAGUCUAUGACUUUCCCAAAUCAGAGUCGCUGAGAAUCAAACUUGAGCGAUUUACUGGGAAUGGGGUGCUUCUCGCAGAAGGUGAAGAACACAAGAUGCAACGUCGAGGUCUGUUGCCUGCCUUGGCAUACCGACAUAUCAAGGAUCUCUACCCUAUCUUUUGGUCCAAAUCUGUCGAGAUGGCGAAUGCCAUCGAGGAUCAAAGGCAACAUGGCUCGAAGCAAGUCACCAUCCAAGUCAGUGACUGGGCAGGACGAGCAACGUUGGAUAUCAUUGGCCUCGCCGUCAUGGGGCGUGACUUCAACUCGGUCCAGGAUCCAAGCACAGAAUUUCACCUGGUGUAUCAAAAGCUGAACAUGAAGCCAAAUGUGUGGACUAGACUCCUCAUCCUACUGAGUUUGCUCACCUUUGGCUUCAAGAUGUUCUUCCGACUGCCUACAAAAUGGAAUCGCGAAUCCAAACAAGCAGCCAAUUACAUCCGAGGAUAUGCUCGGCAAAUCGUUAAGGACACAAAGGGUCGACUGAGCAAGGGCGAUCAUGACCGUAAAGACAUUGCAUCGCUUCUCAUAUCAAGUGGCAUGUUCUCGGAGAAAAAUAUGGUAGACCAAAUCAUUACCUUUCUCGUAGCUGGCCAUGAGACCACCGCGGCAUCGCUCCAGUGGGCAGUAUAUGCCCUAUGCAUACAUCCAAAGGCUCAGGCCCAACUACGGGAUGAGGUACGCAGUCACCUCGUCUUACUGCCAGGCCAGGCUAUCAAUGCCCAAGACAUCGACUCCCUCCCCUAUCUGAACGCAUUCUGUAACGAAGUUCUGCGUUUCUACCCGCCUGUCCCUUCAACAGUGCGAGAGGCUGGAGUCGACACAUCGCUUGCUGGGACCUUUAUUCCCAAAGGCACCACGCUAUUGAUCCUAGCUGGCGCGACAAACCUCGAAGAGGCUCACUGGGGUGUCGAUGCUGCUGAGUUCAGACCUGAACGCUGGCUAGCCCGGGGACAAGCAAACAGUGGCGGGGCGGAUAGCAACUAUGCCAACCUCACUUUCUUGGCCGGGUCCAGAGGGUGCAUCGGUAAAAGCUUUGCCAGGUCCGAACUACUGUGUCUGGUGGCAGUCCUGGUGUCUAGGUUUGGGAUGAAGCUGGAGAACCCUGAGACGAAGUUGGAGAUCAAUGACGUUGUUGCGGGAUUUAACUUUGGCGCACCAAGAUAA